AUGACUGCAAACGGAACUGGUAUCAAUGGCGUCAAUGGGGCUGCGCCUGCCCAGGCCCAUCAAGCUUACCAGUACUCUAAGGAGCCCCUGGGAAACCCUCGACCGAUCCGGAUCGUGGUUAUCGGCUGCGGCGUGUCUGGCAUCGCGGCUGUAAAGAUGUUCAAGGAUAGGUUUCACAAUCUACCAGUGGAACUUGCGCUCUACGAGAGGAACAAGUCUGUCGGGGAACCUGGUUCGAGAACCGUUACCCAGGGAAACCCGUACUUUUCGCGGGUAUACGUCGGCGCCCCCGAGCUUUACGAGUACUUCAAAGGACGGGCGGAUGCUUACGGUGUUCCGGAUUACGUCCGUCUCGAGCACAAGGUUACCGAUGUUUCGUGGAACGAGAAAAUGGGGCAGUAUGGGCUCAAAAUCGAGGAUCUGGCUACCGGAAAAACCAUCACGGACCAUGCUGAAGUUGUCAUCAACUCGACCGGAAUCCUAAACGCGUGGAAAUGGCCUGAUAUUCCUGGAAUCCACACCUUCAAGGGCACCCUUCUCCAUUCCGCCAACUACGACACUUCUGCGGAUCUCGACGGCAAGGUCAUAGCGACAUUCAUCACCCCGGAACUCGCGCUCGACCUUGCACCCAAGGGAAGAGACACUGUGUACAGCAGAGAGGAGCAGGACAAGUGGGCGGAGGAUCCCGAAGAGUUCCUAAAGUUCCGAAAGCGGGCGACACACAUCUUGAACACGGGAUUUGAGGUCAUCGUGAAGGAUUCCAAGGAACAGAAGGAGACCUUGGCCAUGAUUAAGAAGCAGAUGGAGAAGCGGCUGAGCAAGAAGAAGGAGCUUAUCCCAAAGCUCAUACCCGAUUUUGCUUUAGGGUGCCGCCGAUUUACCCCUGGAGAUGGAUACCUCGAGGCUCUCUGCGAGGACAACGUGACUGUGCGGAUAACUGAUAUCAAAGAGAUCGUGCCGGACGGCGUCAUCACUAGUGACGGAGAGAAGGUCGAACUUGAUGCCCUCAUCUGCGCCACGGGCUUCAAUACAGGAUAUCUCGGAGUUUCCGUCGCCAAAUUCCCCAACUACUUCAUGACCACUGGCCCCGCCGCGCCUGCUGCCCACGGGACCUUUAUUCCCUGCAUAGAAGCCUACAUCAAGUACGCGUUCGACGCCGUAGAGAGACUCAUGAGGGAGGGAAUAAAAUCCAUUUGUGUCAAGGAAGAGGCCGUAGCCGACUUCCAAGAGCACAAGGACAACAUUGUCCACGACUUCGUCUGGACGUCAACCUGCCGAUCUUGGUACAAGAACGGAACGGUGGAUGGCAAGGUCUGGGGCCCUUGGCCGGGCUCUGGCCCCCAUUUCCUCGAAUCUCUGGCUCACCCACGUUGGGAAGAUUACGACUUCAAGUACCGCACGGGCAACCGAUUCCAGUACUUGGGCAACGGGAGGACGAUACGCGAACUUGAGGGUGGGGAUUUGUCUUGGUUCAUUAAGAAGGGCCCUAAGCACACGAGAGAGGAACUUACCCCCUCCACGGUUAGCAUUAACGGCUUGUAA